AUGAAUAUAAAGUUGCCAGCUGUUGUUUCUUCGAAUGCUAAACGGUCAAAUAAAUCAAAUAAUUCUUCAAAUAAUAAUUGCCAAUUUAUGGCUAGAAUGAGAAUGAUUUCUGUGGUGCUCAGUAUUGGAGCUGGUUCUAUGUUUCUUGUAUCCCUCGAUAGUGUUGUUGACAAUCUGAUUCCAGUUGCACGCAAUUAUCUUAUCAAUCUAUACGGUUCAGAAGCUGAGGCCGAUCUCGCAUGGAGUUGGAUAGUCUCGGCUCGAAUUUAUGGCCUUGCAUUCGGGUGCUUUGGAGUUUUUCUUAUUUCUAAUCUCCAAAACAGGAAACGGCCCCUUCUCUUCGCCUUUUUGCUCAAUUUGUUGGGUGGUGCUCUCUCAUCACUUAUCCGGCAGCCACAAAUCGGUAUCCAGUUGGCAUUUAUUGGCCGAUUUUUAAGUGGAAUUGGGUCUGGAAUAGCACACAUUGUUGGUGCCGCAAUGCUCGCAGAAAUACCUCCUAUUCGGCAAAGGGGAAUUGCACUUGCCUCUUUGACUGUUUGGGCUUGUCUUGGUGAAUUAUUUGGCAUGUUUAUAAGCCUGAAUAAUGUCCUUGGCACACCUGAUAAAUGGCACAUUGCCCUUGGCUUUCCUGUUUUAAUUAUACCAUUUGCAAUGUUUUUCCUUGCAACAGCGCCAGAUUCGCCCAGAGCAUUACUUACUUCAGGCAAGGAGGAUAAAGCUUUAAAGUCUCUUCAAUUCUAUCAGGAUUGGAUCGUCUCUAUGAAAGAUAUUCGAACCGAAUUAUCGGAACAAUAUCGUGAGGAACAUUUUUUGUUGAAACAAAAUGUGAAUGCUAGUGCCUUAAUUAUAAUGAAAUCACGAUUUUUGACUGGGAAAUUUGUUUAUCCACUAAUGCUUGGUGCAUUUAUUUUGACUUUUACACAUUUGGAUGAUUGGCUCUGGAUCUCCUAUUCUACCCAAGCUUUUGAGAAUGCUGGAGUGCCAACCGUAAUAGCUCAAAAAUCUUCCCUUUGGAUGUCAAUCCCUCAAGCAAUGAUUUCCAUUGCUCUACUCUUUUGCUUUGAAGAGAUUUCUCGAAGGCAAUUACUUAUUUUACCAACUAUUGGUAGUGUGUUCUGUGCCCUUAUAUCAAUUUAUGUUGUUCUUAGCUCUGGGGCUAUAAUUAGUCCAAAACAUCUCCCGGUAAUAGCAGCUCUAGAUUUAUGCAAUGCCGCAGUCGCUAGCGCGAGCGCUUACAGUAUAGUUCCAGAACUGUUUCCGCAAAAGGAUCGUAUAAUGGGCACUGCAUUAAUUGGUAUGACACAGAAUCUUUUUGGAGGGUUUCUAACGACAAUAGCACUUCCUUUAAUGAACCAAUGGGGUAUUGAGUAUGUCCUUCUUCCGUUUGCUGCUAUGAAUGUGAUAUACAUAUUUGUUGUUUCAAAACUGUUACCUGAAACGCGUGGAAAAUCAUUCCACGUGAGUGUUAACUAUAAUUUGUUCCUCAUUAAAUUUUAG